CAGCAACUGGGGUUCAGCUCCACGGCCAUCUCCUGAACCACUGGCACUGCAGUAUCAGAGGAGUCAGAACAUGUCUGCCUGGGGAACCAUGACUCCCAGGUCUAGGCACAGCAAUGCUUGGUCUGUGUAGUACCUUGCUCUUUGAAGACCGACCCUCUCCUUUGUUGCGGUGCCUGACUAAUGGACCGCAGCUCGCGUCAGAUAUGCUAAAAGCAGCACGCAGCACUUGUUCCAACGAGGCCCCACAUUUAUCGGGCUGACGAGACGGGCACUUUCAAGUGGUUUCUUUUGAGAAGCUGACUUACUGGCCUUACUCUGCUGCUCUCUCUGGUUGAUGGAGAGAAGAUAGACAGGCAGAUGAAACGUUGAGCAGUUGAUUGAUUGAUACAGGUUGUGUUUGGCCGAUAGGGUCAAGUUGGUUUGCCCGUGUGGCCCAUCAUCUUCUCCGACAGUUCAGGUUCAGUAAUCAAUCAGCCGCAGAGUCCUAGUACUACAGUACGUGGAUCCAACAGUACCUACCGGGGAAGGAAUCAUGUCCUUCGCCAUGCAGACCUACGCAAAACAACAAUAUGGCGAACGGACAUAUACGUCCCUCCGAUCAAUCCUGGACGACCCCGCCGAUGCCCUGGUCACGUCUGCUUCGCUACUUUCACGACCUAUAGCAGGAGAUCUGGAUAUCCUCUCAGCCUCGCAAUACCCGCAAGGUCUGAUGCAGCAACCUUACGAGGGAAACCCUCGAAAGAGGAAAACGGCAUCUUCAAGCCAACAACUCUACGGCGGUAUUGUGCCAGUUGAUGACUCUAUGAGUGAUCAUUUGCUGUCCUCUACAACGCCAGAGAGUCAACCAAGACAAAAGAAGAAGAAACAACAGAAACCGACCAACAAAAGAGCGUCGAAUGCAAGCACCGUCAUUCCUGGCAAUGGCAAUGACACCGACCAGGUCGACAACAAGAAACAGAGAGGACGACCUCGGCUUGACAUCCAGGAUGAAACUGCCGCCGACCGUCGACGGACUCAAAUCCGUCUUGCGCAAAGAGCCUACCGGCAUCGAAAGGAAACCACCAUCUCGGCUUUGAAGCAGAAAGUCACGGAUCUCCGCGACACGGUCGACCGGAUGAACGAGACAUUUUUGACGCUCCGUCGUCAUAUUGUUGAGAACGGACUUCUGGCUUCGGAUGUAUCCCUUGGUCAGCAAGUCCAAGCCGCCGAAGAAGAGUUUGCUGUUCUGGCGAAGAUGUCAUCUUUGGAGCCGGACGACGAGGAAGAAGGCGGAGACGUCAGGGACCACCCGAAAGCAAAUUCGAGACGAUCCUCAAAUUCAGAUAAGACUGAUGCCAAGCAACGACAACAUGCCUCAAGGACAGAUCGGACAUUGUCGUCGUCUUCUUCUCAACAACUAGCAGAGCCAGGACGUGAGAUGGAAGGAGGUCAAGCGGCUAGCAGCCACGGUGUAGGUGGCCAGGUCUCGUCUACCACUGCAAGCGCAGAAGCUGAACUAGGGAGUAUAAGUAUCCCCUUGGAUCACAUCAGCCACAGCAGCAGCAGCAGCAACAAUGACCACCAGGACAGGGCGACCAAAAACAUCAACAAUGCUCCCCCUGACCCUAAUCCCGACCCGCCAGAGGCAGGGUCAGCAUGGUACGAAGAAGUGAACGUGAACGAUCAAGACUUCACCGACGGAUUACUGGAUUUCAACAGUAUCAACACCACCAUCACAGACCCUUUAUUGCCGCUCGUCAACGUCAACCAGCACGACAAUCAUACCGUUUACGAAGAACAACCACAACCACCCCCUGGUGCCCUCGAGAUCGAAAGGCCUCUGGUAUCGCCGUCCAAUCACGGUUCAUACACAUAUAGUUUCCAAGAGACGACGUUUGCGCGACGUCUGCACCGAAUGGUGCUGGAGCGCGGGUUCCGCAACCUGAGCAACCCGGCCGUCGACGUCAAAGCCAUCCAGCACUCGUUCCGUUUCAGUUUCUGCUUCGCCAACCGCAAGCACAUGAUCGGGCGCUUCCAAGAGAUUUUGCGGAGGCGCGCCGGCGAGGCCCUCGAGAAUUUCGCCGCUCCCUUUUUGGCCAUCGGCGGCGCCGGAACUCAUUUCCCACGCCGCGAUGAUCUUGGAAACCCCAUCUACCCGCCUAACUGUCUCAGUCCCCUCAAAGCGUUUGGGCCGUUUCCCUAUGUCGAGUCCGAGACCCCGCGGGCCGAUUCCUCUGUGCAAGAGUUACUCGAGAACAUCGGCUUUGGUGGCGAGUGGUACGAUUCACACGAUGUCGAGGAGUAUCUUAAGACAAAAGGGAUUUUUUUGGAUGGUCAUAGUUCCUUUGUCGACGUCGAUCCGGGUAUGGUGAUGGGACUGGCGAGCUUUAACGGCAGCGGCAGCGGCAGCAGCACCAACAGUAUUGGCAGAUCUGACUCUGGCGCUACGACCUAUACUUGUGGUACCGCAGCAGCACCCUUUUCAUCCUCUUCGUCGACUUCUACGUCAUCGAUUCCUUCUCCUCCCAGCGAUGUAUCCCCCAAUGUCCACGGGAACGACCUUCUGUCAACUACUACCACUUCAUCCUCGCCGUCGUAUGGACACGAAAAUCCGUGGUGGGCCAACGGUACAAAUUCGGCUGCAACUAUAGGUACUAAUACUCAUGAAUUACCGUCAGCAUUACCAUCACCACACUCGGCUGCCAUGCCCUUUGGGUCCCAGUCCCAACAGCAACAAGAAUCCCACUCUCAAACUGUGCUUACAUUCGACGUCGACCAGUUCCUCGAACAUAUGGUCGAGUCGGGCGCGUGUCUCGGCCGCGCCCCCGGUUUCCGCAAGGAACGCGUCGAUGAGGCCUUGGCCAAAAGUUUGAGUUGGAGUUCGAGUUUGAGUUUUGGAUCAAAUAUGAACCUACAGGAGAUUUUUGGAUAGUUCCAGCUUGCGCCGAGGACGAAAACGCGGUUGCGGUUGCGGUUGCGGUUGCGGUUGCUACUAGUGUUAACAACCCAACACUAUCGGUCUAGCUCAGCUCUCCUACAAUCCCUACAUUAACUAGGUCCAGUGGCGCCAGGAGCUUACCUAUUGAAUUAAAUGCAGGUGCCUGCAGUAGUUCAAUUGAGAGCUUGCCUAAUAUGAUUCAAGUUACUAUACCA